UCCCAACUCUGACCCGUGACCUCUCGUGCAAACGGCGCAUGCGCAGCGGAAGUACGGACGACCGCCAUGCUUUCGACAAGACUGCGGUAUUUACCGCAGUGUUCUAGGUUUUUAACGUCUUGUAGAGCGACCCAAAGGACGCCUAAGAUCCUGGUGGCUUUGCCUCAAGAGCUCCGUGCCACAUCCUGCAGAGCUCUAUGUACGCUAUGGGCAGCUGUUGACUCGCAUCGCUCGCUGACAUCACCAGGUGGAUUGGUGCCAGUAAGAACCUUCAAGACCACGUCUAUCAGAUAUGAGGAAGUGAGAGUAGUGAACACUCCGCAGUUUGCGGAGUCUGUAACUGAGGGAGAUGUGCGGUGGGAAAAAGCUGUUGGCGAUUUCGUAGGUGAGGAUGAUGUUGUGGCUGCGAUCGAGACCGACAAGACGUCCAUCCCUGUGCCCGCCCCUGUUGCUGGCAUCAUCGAGGAGUUGCUUGUGGAGGACGGCGGAACGGUCGCAGCGGGACAAGAACUCUUCAAGAUCAAAAUCACGGGCGAUGCCCCUCCCCCAAAAGCAGCCAAGGCUGAAGCUCCUGCACCAGCUGCAGCCCCUCCUCCCCCUCCCCCUCCACCCCCACCAUCAGCAGGCCCCAUACCCAGCACUCCACCCCCAGUUCCCCCGGUGCCCAAGGCCCCUCUGACCUCCACCCCAACCUCCUCUAUCAAGGUGACCCCGUCAGCCGCCCCAUCCCUGGACAUGGGCUCUGGGGCGAGAGGAGAACAGAGGGUGAAGAUGAACAGGAUGAGGCUUCGGAUCGCCCAGAGGCUGAAGGACGCUCAGAACACCUGUGCCAUGCUUACCACCUUUAAUGAGAUUGACAUGAGCAAUGUGAUGGGCAUGAGAGCCCAGUUCAAGGAGGCCUUCCUCAAGAAGUUCGGGAUCAAGCUGGGAUUCAUGUCGGCUUUCGUUAAGGCAUCAGCGUUUGCCCUUCAAGAUCAACCUGUGGUUAAUGCUGUUAUAGACGAUAUGGAAAUUGUGUAUAGAGACUAUGUAGACAUCAGUGUGGCUGUGUCUACACCCAAGGGUCUAGUUGUUCCAGUUAUUAGGAAUGUGGAGAGAAUGAACUAUGCAGACAUUGAGAAGACAAUCAAUGACCUUGGAGAGAGGGCAAGAGCGGGUAGUCUGGCUGUAGAGGAUAUGGACGGUGGUACCUUCACCAUCAGCAACGGCGGGGUUUUCGGCUCCAUGUUCGGCACCCCCAUCAUCAACCCUCCCCAGUCUGCCAUCCUCGGCAUGCAUGGAGUCUUUCAGCGGCCGGUCGCCUUGGAAGGGAAGGUGGAGAUCCGCCCCAUGAUGUACGUCGCCCUCACCUAUGAUCAUAGACUUGUAGAUGGGAGAGAGGCUGUCCUCUUUCUGAGAAAAAUAAAAUCCGCAGUUGAGGACCCCAGAGUUCUACUAUUGGACUUGUAAUAUACAAGCAAAUGUGUUGUAGAAAUUUAUUGUGCCUAAUUCUUAUGGAGGAGACUAUAUUCCGGAGAAUGCAUUGUGUUCUGAGAAUCUCUGAGGAGCAUCUACAGCUGUCGCAACAUCGCUGGUCUCGCACCAUCGGCCUCGCAGCACUGACACAAGCCACAAGUCUGUGUAUAAAUGUGUGUUUGAUGGUUUUAAUAUUCUGUUUCACAUUUCAACAAAUACAUUUAAUUUUGAGGAAAUAUUUAUUUGAAUAAAUUAUCUACUUAUUUGAUAUGUUUGAUUGGCUAUGUGACAAAUAUUGAUUUGCUCUUUAAGUUUUUUAUGGCUUUAUGCUAUUGAUAAUUAAGUAUUAUAUAUCAGAAUAUUAAGGCUUACUUUCCGAUACAUAAAACGUGGUGGAUUAUAUUAUUUCCACUGAUAUUUCCAUUCAAGUGCUCAUUAAUCAUCAAUAGUUAUUCAGACAGAAAUUCAAUUGAUUAUUUAAGAUAUGGAAAAUUCAAUGUCCGUUUGAGAUUUCCUGGACUAUGCGAUGAUGUUUGAGUGGGGCUAUGUCGAAUGCUCUGUGUGAUGAGUGAGUCAGAGUGACCUUUACUCCUGGGUCAUGGUGACCUCCUUCCAGGUCACAGUAUUGGUGGCAGGUAGAAGUCGUACUGUUUCAUGUGUUGGCUCAUCCAUGUGAUUGAUGUCAACAUCAGGUAUAUUUUCUAGCAGUAAAGUAUUUUAGUUGUUUA